AUGGAAAAGGCAAAGCAGGCAGUCUCGAGCUUCAUUUCUGGCGCCGGACACCAUAAGACGACCGUUACGCAAGAUGCUAACCAGGCCAUUACCGACGAGCAAGUUCGCCCUCACCAGCACGAGAACGUAACCACGGCCAUAGACAAGGAAGUCCACCAAGAUCACCACCACACCACCAUCCAGCCUAUCAAGGCAAAGGAAACUCUCCCUGAGAAGCACCAUCAUAACAUCGUCCCCACCCAGCACAAGACCUUCGAGCACGGCAAUGAGAGCGAGACUAGAAACAUGCUCGACCGAGAAGCCGCCAAGUUCAAGAAUACAUCCACCAUCCACGAAACCAGCCAUUCAACCACCACCGCACCCGCCGUGACAGGCGAGCGGGUUCACCACCAUGUCCACGAACACAUCCAGCCGGUCAUUCAGAAGGAGACGAUUCAGCCACACGUCGUCCACACUACCGUACCCAUCCAUGAGGUGCAUCAUGCUAAGCCAAUCCACCACGGCAGCACCGUACUCCCAACCAAGACCCUCGAGGAGUUCAACAAGGACAAGCACAAGCUUACCGGAGAGAACCACAAGCUGACAGAGUACGACGGCUGCCCCGACAAGUUCAACAAGGAGUACCAGGCCUCGGAACAUAUGGGUUUAGGUUCUCACAGCGAGCACCACGGGUCCGGCAAAGCUGCCGUAGCUGCCGCUGGAGCCGCCGCUGCGACCAACAAGCACCACAACACCACAACCGGAGCCACCUUAGGUGCGAACAACGGUGCCGUGAAGAACCACGGCAUCGGCAGCCACGGUCUUGAGAAUCAACGGGCCUCGGACAGCGUCACGGCAGCACAAACUGCCAACACCAGGGCCAACACCGGCACUGCGCGUGAGAACAUCGCCCACGGCCACACCACUGGCAAGACUCACGGAACCGGUACCAGCACCGCCGAGGGCAUUCUGCAUGGCAAGCACACCACUGGAGAGAACAACUACACCACGUCCGGUAACACCGGCACUGGCUCUGGCUUGAACCGCGGUGCUUCGCUGAACAAGGCUGAGCCUCGUUUCGGUUCCAGCGCCGGCACCUCUGGAAGCAGGACUUCCACCGACCACACUGGCGCUAUUGAUGCUUCGGGCAAGAAGGUGUCACUGGUUGACAAAUUGAACCCUUUCAAGGAUGCCGACGGCGAUGGUCACAAGGGCAUCAUGUCCUAA